GUUUGACGAAAGAGCCAAAUCUCGCAGGAAGACAGGGGAGGGGAAUCCCACUACAAGGAAACGUAACAGUGGACCGAGCGAAAAUUGACAUUUAAACUGGACGUGCUGUGUAAAAACGGUUUAUGAAAACAUACAGCGAAGACUGGGGCGACACUAAAGGCGAUCAUGGAGUUAAAUUCGAGCGGCCAGUCCCCGAGGGAAGAAGGCGAACUGGAGGACGGGGAAAUCUGCGACGAUGACACGGACGAAAAGCAGUUUCCUCCGCGGAGCGCGAGGCCUGGCGGCGCGUGCGGCGCCCACCUGACGCGAAGCGGCCGGAAAAACAGGCCCGCGCCUCAAGCCCGUCCCCCGCCGCCCGGCGCGGCGCCUUUGCUCCAGGACUUGCGUGCGAAGAUGCCGUUUAACCGGCCUCCGCACCCUCUCCCUCCUCCUCCAUUCCUGCCCGGCCACAGGCUGCUGUGCGGCGGGCCCAGCGCCCCGGAGCGGCCGCUCCCAGGCCAGCACGGUGAGCCCGGCGCCCGUUCCUCGUUCUGGGAGCGCAGCCACGGCGCCUUGGGCAGGCUGAGACACCGCGGCAGGCCGAGCCGGGGCCGCGGGGACUGGAACAGGCCUUUCUGCCGGGGAGAUGGGCCGGGCACGAGGCCUCCUCCGGGCGGCCGCUUCGAGUUCACCGAGAACCCGGGCAAUAGGAAGGAGUCUCCCGUUCGAAAGCAGAAGCCAUUUGGGAGGGCUCAGGUGAGAAAGUCUGCAUAUAAUGUUGCCAAAACUGAAAAUGGUGUUGAUGAAAGCUUUGAGGAUUUGCUUAUGAAGUAUAAGCAAAUUCAGCUGGAGCUGGAAUGUAUUAGAAAAGAAGAGAAAAUGGCUUUGAAGCCAAAGGAGGACUCCCAUCAGGAGGUAGAGUCUGCCAUAAGUGUUAUUGCUGGACCAGUGUCAGAAGAUGACAGUAUUCAGGUGGAAGUCACCUCCACCGCUACUACUGCUGCUACAGACCAGACCUGCCCAGAAAAGGCAAAGAAGGUUUUCCAGGCCUUCAAUCUGAAGCCUUUGCGGCAGAAGCUCCUGACUCCUGCUGAAAGGGAUAAGAUGAACAGGAAGGCUGUGAAGGAGUCCGAGAAAAUUGAUUCAGAGGGAUUGGAGACGCCAGAACCAGCUGCCACAGAAGAGGAGGAAAAAAAUGAUGAGGAAAAGAUGGAUGGAAUCACAGAUAACAUGUCUUGUGCAGAUGACAAAGACACUUCUGGUCUCCCUGUGAAGGCUCAGGGCAAGGAGGAGGAUGAAGAGUUGUCAGAGCUGCAGCUGCGCCUCCUGGCUCUGCAGUCCGCCAGCAAGAAGUGGCAGCAGAAGGAGCAGCAAGUGAUGAAAGAGAGCAAGGAGCGGCUCACCAAGGUCAAGACCCCAGCACAGGAGAGGGCCAAUUCAGCCAGCAAACACUCCACCCAGGAGAAAGGAAAGGUGACAAGGGCCCUGCCAGAGAAAGGCAAAGCCACAACCAAGGCUCACCAGGGGAGGAAAAACAUUAAUCCAGGCUCAGCAGCCAAGCAGGCUUGGCGCAAACAGCAGCUGCGUUCUUGGAAGCUUCAGCAGCAAAAGGAACAGCAGCAGGAGGAGCAGCAGCGGCGACUGGAGGAAGAGGAGCGCCGCAAGCGAGAGGAAGAGAUCCGCCGGAUCCGUGACCUCUCCAAUCAAGACGAGCAGUAUAACCGCUUCAUGAAGUUGGUCGGUGGCAGGAGGCACCUGCGCACUAAGUCAUUAGAUGCUGAGUACAGGAAGUCUUUGAGCAGACAGGGCCUGGACACCUCCGGGAAUCUCUACCAGUACGAUAAUUAUGACGAGGUGGCCAUGGACACAGACAGUGAGACCAACUCACCAGCUUCUUCCCCCACACAUGAGCCAUUUUCCACAGAGUCUCCUACGUUUUACCUCCACAUACCUGCAUUUCCUGUGGAUUCCCCUCCACACCACAUGGGUCUUCAGGACUUAGAUCAUCGUUAUUUGGACCCGGUCACCUUGGCAACUUCCACAUCCCUGUCUCCCAUGCCCCCGCCGCCUCUACCCCCGGAUGAGCCUGAGCAGCCCCCCAAGCCCCCAUUUGCAGAUGAGGAAGAGGAGGAGGAGAUGUUGUUAAGGGAGGAGCUGCUGAAAUCACUGGCCAGCAAGCGUGCUGUUAAAUCAGAGGAGACCUCAAGCAGUGGUCCUCCUUCACCGAUAGUCCAAGUGAUGACCAGGAGCAACCUCGCAACUAUGACCCAGCCACGGCCUGCCAGUGCCAAGCUUGCCCGAGGGCACCCAGCUGCACGCCCAGUGUUGGUGCUCCCGAGGCACAAGUCUGUGGUGGUGCAGCUUAACGGCUCAGAUGAUAGCGACUCGGAGGGGGAUCUCCCUGAUGCCACCCAAAUGGUGUUCGGCGGCUUGGAGUCCAUGAUCAAGGAGGCCAGGCGGACGGCAGAGGCUGCAAAGCCCAAAGGGACAUCAGGAUCUGAGAAGGAGAAUAACCCAGUGAGAACCCCAGACAGCUUGUCAGAUGCUAAAAAAAUGGAGUAUCGCAGACUUAAAGAAGAAAUUGCCAGCAGGGAAAAGCAGCGCGUGCUGAAUUCAGACCCCAGCAAAACUGUCCCAUCACCUGCCAGCUCAGAUGUGGAGUCGGACCCAGUGGGGCGAGCUGCUGAGCUCCAGCUCACAGAGGCUGAGAGCAGGAUGAGCAAACACAAGAGCUUGCUGCUGAAAGACGAAGCGCUUCUUAAACACCUAGUGCAGCAGGAGCUGAAGAAGAGGGAGUUCCUAAAAGCAGCUGAAGCCAAAGUUGCCAGGCUCAAGGAGCAGCUGGUGGCAUCUGAGAAGAUUGUUGGGGCCAACAAGGUCCUUCUGAAGAAGCUGCAGGAGCAGAUCCAUCGGGUGCAGCACCGAGUGACUGUGAAGAAGCACCAGGCUCAGAAGCUUGAGAGGGACCUGGCUCAGGCCUGGGUUGCUGCAGGCCGAAUGGGUGCUAAACGCAAGAGUGAAGCGUCUUUUCUUGUUCCUAACAAGCUUCUGCGUUUGGAUGGCUCUCCACGCUCUGAGCAGCAUUUUGCUGAGCUCAUUGCCCAGAAGCAGCGACUUCAGCAGCUAGAGUCUGAAUAUGCACUGAAGAUCAAGAAGUUGAAGGAGGCACAGGCUCUGCGCAAUCGGGAAGUGCAAGCAGAGCUUCAGGUGGUGGCAGCCAUGCCCCAGUCAUUACCCCCAAGCCCUUUUCCCCUUCCACAGCCCUCCCUCCACGACCUCACCCAGGACAAACUGACUCUGGCCAGCGAUGACCCUGAGCCAGAAGAUGAGACACUCUCGUCGUGCCCCACAACUGGCCGUCGGCGGUCUUUCCGCGAGUCAGGCUCUUUCACUAAGCCCAAGCUUCGCCAUCUCGACACAACACCGUGUAAGGCUGUUGAGGACAAGGCCAUGGUCUCCAAGGAUGGCAACGCCAAGCUGGAGCUCUUUCUGGGCCUCAAUGUUGGCGACCUGCAACAAAAGUACCAAGAGUCUUCGCGCUUGGCGGAGCUUAUGGAAAUGGGGCCUUCCACAUUAGGGUAUACCCAAUGGACACCAAUACACAUUAAGGAGCUCCCACAAGACCUGGAUCUAAAUGCCAUGCAGAAGUGUCAUGCAGAACUGAAGCCUGUUCCUUUUGAGCCUUAUCACAGCCCACUUCUGGUCUUCAGGUCUUACCGGUUCAGCCCCUUUUUCCGGACCAAGGAGAAACUGUCCCUUAGUUCAGUGUCAUACAGCCACGCCAUUGAGCCAAGGAAGUGUUUCUGCCGCUUUGACCUGACGGGGACAUGCAAUGAUGAUGGCUGCCGCUGGCAGCACAUGAGGAACUGCUCUUUAAAGGGAAACCAGCUAUUCCAGGAUAUCCUGUCCUACAACCUCCCUCUGAUUGGCUGUUCAGAGAACACCAGCAGUGAGAAAAUCAGUAUUGCUACAGAAAAGUACAUCAACAAGCUGUUUGGUGCGAACAAGGACCGCAUGGGAACAGAUCAGAAGGCGGUGCUCCUUGUGAGCAAAGUAAAUGAGAGUUUGGGCCACGUACCUCCACACACUACGUGCAAAGAGAGGAGGAAGUGGAGACCUCAGCCCAUGGCAACCCCAGAGUCAGAGACUGAGAAGGACAGCAGCGAUGAAGAUGCCGGCCCUGUGAAAUAUGAGCCCAGUGGAGAGUCUUGCUGGAGUUCUAGCCCCACCCUGGAUGCAUGCAUCACACAGGACGAUGAUCGGUACUUCACAGGUGAGACGGAUGACAUAUCAAACCUGGAGACCAGUGUGCUGGAGAGCCCCAAAGAUGUACAGCUGUGGAUAAAGCUGGCCUACAAAUACCACAGUCAGAAAGAGAGCUCACCGUCAGAGUGCCUAGACGCUGCUCUUAACACACUGUCCCGUGCCCUGGAAGACAACCGGGACAACCCGGAGGUCUGGUGUCACUACCUCACGUUGUUUGCCAAGCGAGGAAAGCGGGAAGAGGUGCAAGAGAUGUGUGAGAUGGCUGUGGAGUACGCCCCAGACUACCAAGUGUGGUGGACAUACUUAAACAUCGAGAGCUCCUUUAACGGCAAGGACUACGUCUGUGGACGCAUGGUGCAAUAUCUGCAGCAGUCUGCGGUGGACAGCUGUUCUGAACUGCUUUCCUUCCAGCUGCUGGAGUCACUGCUGUACAGAGUGCAGCUGAGUCUGUUCUCUGGGCGCCGUCAGAACGCCCUGGUUAUACUGCAGAAUGUCCUGAAGUCUUCAAGUGAGGAGAAGAGCCUGGCUGAGAAGCUGAGCUCAAGUGACUGCACCCUGGCCUGGCUCUCCUACAUCCACCUGACAGAGUUCGGUAGCCUGCCAGCCAGUCUGUAUGACCCUGCUGACUCGAACCCCUCCCACAUCGUCUGCAAGGACCCAUUCCUCCUGCCUUGGAGUUCACCCCAGGCAGUCAAGACACCUCCUGACGUACUUGUUGCGCUCUUUGAAGAUGCGAUAGAGCAGUGCACAGACAAGAGCCUGCCCCCAGCUGAACAGAUGCUGGCCUGCCUCCCACUUCACACUAACUUGGUAGCAUUUCACCAGCUGAUGGGAAGUGUGCAGCCAGCUGUCGCGCUCUGCGAGGCGCUGCUGGUGUCCUGCCCCAGCUGCUGCCCCCUGCUGGAGGCCCUGGCAGAGAUCCACAUGAAGGCAGGCAAACCUGGCAGGGCGCAUGAUGUGUGGCUGGCUGCUUUGUCCAAGAGUCCGCACAACGCGGAAGUCUUUUAUCACACCUGCAAGUUCCUCAUGUCCCAAGAGAAAUCGCAUACCAUAGCCCCUCUGUUUCAGGAAUUUGUUAUGUCUUUCUGCGAGGCUGUGCCGAGUGAACAGCAUCCUGUAAAUGUACUGCGCUUCAUCCUUGGUAUCCCUGACCAGAACAUGCUCAGAGCCCCUAGUAUCAAAAAAGAACUGCAAAAUGAACUUGUCAACCAGAUGCCGUACAUGUGUCUCCUCUACUGCCUUUGGCAGUCUCUGCACACCAGCAUCGGGGAAGCAAUAGAUGCCUUUGAGAGGGCCCUGGGCACUGUAAUGCAAGAGGAUGUAGUGCAGCGACUGUGGAUGGAUUACCUCCUAUUUACCAGUAGUAAGUUCCUCGGGCCCCAGUCCAGGAACAGAGAUCUGAAAGUGUUCAGGGACCUGGUGCACCGUUGCCUGGCAACAGCCCCCACCAGGAUCACUGUCCCCUUCAGUUCAGCCAACUACUGGAGCAACUUCAAGUUUCACAACAAGGUGAUAUCCUUCUAUCUGAGCUGCCUUCCGCAGUCACAGCAUUCUCUUGUGCUGGAGGGUCUCCGAUACCUCAUGCCCACCAACACUGAGUUGGCACUAAGAUUUCUGCAACACGAAUGGCGGGAUGGCAACCUUGAGCAUUUGAAACUGCAGACCCGAAUGCUGAGCGGCUGCAUACCUAACUGCCUGGCCAUCUGGAAAAUUGCCAUUGCUGUGCAAAGGGAGCUUAAAGGACACGUGGAGGUCCGUCGUCUUUACCGGCAAGCACUGCAGAAGCUGCCUCUGUGUGCAACUCUGUGGAAAGAUCGACUGCUCUUUGAAGCCGCAGAAGGAGGUAAAACAGAUAAACUGAGAAAGCUUGUUGACAAGUGCCAAGAGGUCGGAGUGAGGCUAGACGAGUCCUUAAAUUUAGGCUCAGACAGAACUCAGGAGAAGGACCACUGAGCCACUGGUACAGUUAGCCUGUCCCUGUUUCUUUCGGCCAAAACCAAAAAGGGAGAUCGAAUUUCCAAACAAACAUAAAUAAUGAGCUGAAAUUAGCAUGUGAGGCAAACUUGGCAAGUUGUCAGACCUCCUCCGUGUAGUGUUCUCUAGCGGAGAGCACUUUGCAAAUCCGAAGGCCAUCGUGGAAGAGAAAUGGACUCCUGAUUGUCCAAUAUCUGGGCCGCUUUUAUCUUCUUACAUCAUAUACGUAAGUAUGGCACUGCUACAUGACAGAUGUCUUGCUUUUCUGUUUUAUUUUACUUGUUUUGAUUUUUGUACUGUCAUUUUUAAUUUCGCUUCUCCUUUACUUGAGGUUCAAGUUGAAUGCCUGUGACAUCUUUCUAUGAUGUUGACAUUAACAUUUUUAGGAAGGUCUUGCCCAGUAAAAAAAAUUUGUCUUAAUUUUCUCUUGUUUUUGUAAAGUAAGAGAAAUUCAGAUUCCUUUCCUUAGGUUUUUGUUUCGCUAAUAAAUCAGCAAGCCAAAAAAAAAUCCACAAUUGGAUUGGCAUGUUAAAACCGUUGCCAGGGUAAAAGUAUUCUAUUUGGGCCCCCUGGUGACUCAUGCGCUGGUGAGACUGACAGACUGCCGAAUGUCAAACGUAUCUGCUACGAACCGAAACAGGGUGGGGAAAAUCUUCCAGGAUCCCUGAACGCAUCAGUACGCAAGAAUGGGUCCACGAAGAAUUCUGUUGACGUGCAAUUUUGAUUUUUGUUAAAUAUAUAUUGAUUAAAGAGUAUCUGAAUUUAAUAAG